AUGUCCGCAACGGCACAUCCCAGGAAAGUCGAUGUGCUCCUCGUUGGGGGAGGACCUACGGCUCUCAUAACAGCAUACUUGUUGCUCAAAGCCGGACUGAGCGUAAAUGUUAUUGAACGAUACAAUAAAGCUGAACAGGCCAUGUACGGACGUGCCUGCAUGCUUUAUUCUCGUUCUGUAGAGCUCCUAGAUCAGAUCGGUAUUUUCGAUCGUAUCGCGGAUAUAGGUUAUUUUGUCAGGGACUCGACGACAUUCAAGAACGGUAUAGAGAUUCCAGCACGCGGUUGGUCUUUCGUGAGAGAGGCGGCGAAAGGAAAGACUUACUUCGAUUUCAGUUUUAGCAUCCGACAGAAGCACAUUGAAGACACUCUGAGGGCCGCCAUUGCCGAGAUGGAUCCUACUGCGGUCCACGCGCCUGCAACAUUGACUGCAUUAGCCGUAGACCCAUCAAAUGAUCACCCUGUUCAAGCCACGGUAGAAGAGAACGGGUCUGUCUCCGUUGUUCAAUGCAAAUAUGUCAUCGGUGCAGAUGGCGGGCGAUCAACCGUUCGCUCGUUGAGCCAGAUCGCUUUCCCCGGUACUGAAUCCAAACAUCGCUGGGUGCGCCUAGAUGCUGUUGUUCGAUCGGAUAUACCUAUCGGUCGCAAGCAUAGCGCGGCGAUAGAAUCACAUGAAUACGGGAAUGUGCUGUGGACUCCCACAGACAACGGUCGAACACGAAUCGGGUUCGUGCUACGCGACGAAGUCUACGACACGCUCGGCGGAAACAUCACUGCGGAGGUCAUUGAGAGCGAGGCACGGAAGGCUGUGCAGCCGUUUAGCCUCGAGUUCCUCCAGUUGGACUGGUGGACUGUGUACAAGAUCGGACAACGCGUCGCCGACACUUUUAAGCAAGGUCCUGUCUUCUUGGCGGGGGAUGCUGCGCACACACAUUCGUCGGGCGCUGCACAGGGCAUGAAUACUGGAAUACACGACGCCACAAACUUGGCAUGGAAGCUCGCUGGCGUGCUGCGCGGCUGGCUAAGCGAGGCCGUCCUAGACACCUACGAUGCUGAGCGGCGCACAUCUGCUCAACACCUCAUACAGCUCGAUCGUGAUGUCGCUGCACUCAUCUCAGGAAAGAUACCGGACCACUUCAACGCCCCACCUGACGCCGACGUUAACGUGUAUCUCGAUAGGGUCUUCACCGAGAACGCGUCAUUCACUAUCGGCCUCGGGAUCUCCUACGCUAGCAAUGUUCUCAACAAAACGAGUAGCAUCGGUGUACCUUCACCCAUCGACGCCCUCAUUGGACACCGCGCGCCGGACGUCAUACUUUAUCGGCCUGGGCCUGCUAUACCUACGCGCCUGCAGGAGCUAACGCGCUAUGUUGGUCGAUUCUGGAUCCUCAUCUUUGCGGGCGCGCUCGAAUCGAGUCCUACCAAUGUAUGCUUGUCGGCGAGCUGUGCAGAAAAAUACGCCAAUCUCACACGAUAUAUCGCCUCGGAUGUAUCAUUUGCAUGCACCCUCGCGCCGAUGUUUAGUUUCCUCACCAUCGUGCAUGGGUCUGGGGCGCUGCAGUCUGCCGAGGCGCUGGGCACCGAGCCGCUAGGAAAGACGGCCUACGAUCCUACGGGAGAGGCAUAUGUGAAGUAUUCAGUCGAGCCGUCGGAGGGCGCCAUUGUAGUUGUGCGUCCAGACGGGAUCGUCGGAUUCCGUGCCUCCAUGGACGGAGGUAGUGAUGUUACAGAUUACUUCAGUGCAUUUUUGAGGCCAGCGAAAGCCGGCCCUGGCAAUGCACAGUCCGCUACGACUUGGGUGCUUGGUGAGAUCUCACUCGAGGAUCAGGAGAACGACGUCAUGAUUUCGACCCAAGGCGAGUUGAACGAUUCUCAUGCAUCCUUUGCCGCACUCACCGGUGUAAUUGUUGUUAGCAGGAGCUGGGAGGUCUCCGAUGUAGUGUUUGUAAUAUUGUUGGUUGCCUUUAUCGACAGGGAUACAUGCUCAUCUACAUGCGUGAUAAUGCCCGACUGCAGUCUACAUGCCAAAAGAGUGGGCUGA